CUCCGAUCACUUCUCCGACGCAGAAAUGACCAACUUCAGGAAGCUAGGCAGGCAUGCAGGUCACCGUAUCUCCAUGCUCAGGACUCUGGUGUCUCAGUUAGUUAAGCACGAGCGUAUAGAGACCACCGUCACUAAGGCUAAAGAGGUGCGUCGUCUUGCUGAUAAUAUGAUUCAACUAGGUAAAGAGGGCUCACUGGAUUCGGCAAGGAGAGCAGCUGGUUUUGUAAGAGGAGAUGAUGUCCUUCAUAAGAUUUUUACAGAAUUGGCAUACCGUUACAAAGAUAGAGAUGGUGGGUACACAAGAUUGCUACGUACUCGCAUUCGAGUUGGUGAUGCUGCUCCUAUGGCCUAUAUCGAGUUUAUUGACAGAGAGAACGAGCUUAGGCAAUCGAAUCCAGCAACACCUCAACCACCACAACGAGUGCCUUUGGACCCAUGGGAUAAAUCUCGUCUCAUGAAGCAGGUUGCUCCACCUAAGGAGGAGAAAAUCUCUGAUUCAGAGCUAUAAUGUGGCAAAAGAGAUCUCCUUCUAGCAGAUCUUGUUUUUAUCUCAAAACAGUGUAGUCUCUGCAUCAUCCAUUAAUUGCCAUAAUAUGUUUUUACAGAGGUAAUAAAAGUUACUUUGUUGUUGGUUCUGAACAUUAAAAAUGGAGUCUUGAAUGCAUCAACAAGUCUCGUGGGGCUUUUUUUUGUGCCUA